CAAUAAAUACCCGUUACGGUACCUGACCAUGGAUCCUGAGUACAGCCUGCAGGAUGUGUUACGGUGUGAUCUCUGCGAUACACCGGUUCCCCCUAUGUACUGCGACAUUUGCCACAUUCAUCUGUGUAAAGCAUGUGUGGGAGAACAUCUUUCCGAGUUUGCCAAAGAACACAAAAUUGUACCAUUUGAAAAUCGAGGAUCUACAAUUAAUUGUCCAAAUCAUUCUUCAAAAAUAUGUGAACUUUACUGUGCACAAUGCGACAUUCCAAUCUGCGCGGAGUGCACCUCUUCCACAAAACAUCAAGGACACACAUUUGUCUACAUAGUGAAAGUUAUGAAAACACAUAGGUCAGUAUUACAGAAAGAUUUACAAGAAUUAGAGAAGUUAAUUUUCCCCAAAUAUCAAGAUAUUGCAUCAAGUAUCCCGGUUCAGAGAGCUACCCUUAAUACAUCUUCACAGAAAAUUGCCUCGGAUAUCAGCAAACAUGGAGAAGAAAUGCACAGAGAAAUAGAUGUAAUUAUUAAGAAACUAAAAUCUGAUCUUGAUGAAAUGGACUCCAAAUAUCUGACUUUCCUAAAUAAGCAUGAAGAUGACAUCAAACUUUUGCUCUCUGAUAUCACACAGACAAUUGCAAAUCUGAGAAAAUUAGUAAAUUCCGAUGACGUAAGUCUUGUGUCUGCCUACAAAUCCAGAAAUGCAAAAUUCAGAAGAUUCUCUCCUAAACUGACGGUUACUUUCCCAAGCUUUUUCCCUCAAAAAAUUGACAAACACCAAAUUAAUGAACAAUUUGGUUUUCUGUCAGAAUUAUCACUCGAAACAGAAGUGCAUGGCUACACAAUUCAUUCUCCGAGAGCUGAGCACUCUCCACCAGGGAGGUCCCUUAUUGGUGUUCCACAGAUAAUCACAGAGAUAAAAACCGAUUAUACAUAUGUUGAAAAUGUCUCCUGUCUGAAUGAUGAGGACAUCUGGAUUCAUGGUAACGAGAACAGUUUGAGACUGUACAACCUUAAGAGAGGCCUAUUGAAUUCAAUCCAAACCAAGUCAGGUAACUGUGCAGCAGACCUAGCAGUGACAAGAAGUGGGGAUCUAGUAUAUACUGAUGAAAAAUAUAGCGCUGUGGACAUAGUGAAGAAUAAACAAAUAGAGACAAUUAUCACACUACAGGGAUGGAAACCUUGCGGUGUCUGUAGUACCUCCUCUGGUGACCUCCUGCUGGUUAUAAACAAUUAUGAUUGGGAAAUACCAUCAAAAGUUGUGCGCUAUUCUGGCUCCACUGAAAAACAAAGUAUACAGUACAAUGACAAUGGACAAACUCUCUAUUCAUCAGGUGUUAAUACGAAAUACAUCACUGAGAACAGAAACCUAGAAAUAUGUGUGUCUGAUUGGAAAGCACGUGCAGUAGUGGUGGUCAACCAGGCAGGGAAAUUCCAGUUUAAGUACAUUGGUCUUCCCUAUUCUACAAAGAAACCAUUCAAUCCAUAUGGCAUCACUACAGACAGCCAAAGUCACAUCCUGAUAGCAGAUCUUGCCAACCACCGUAUCCACAUUGUCGAUAGAGACGGUCAGUUUCUCCGAUUUAUUGACAACUGCCAUUUGAAAGAACCUCACGGUCUAUGUGUAGACAAAAGAGAUAAUCUCUUUGUGGCUGAUAGCAAAACAGGUAAAGAACACAACUACACAAUAGAUUCUUCAAGCACUGAGAGCUCUUCCCCAGAAAGGUAUUUUAUUGAUGCACCUCAGAUCAUCACAGAGAUAAAAACCGAUUAUACAUAUGCUAAAAAUGUGUCCUGUCUGAGUGAUGAGGACAUCUGGAUUCGGGAUAACAGCAACAUUUUGCAACUGUACAACCUCGAGAGAGGGCUACUGAAGUCUAUCAAAACUAAGUCGGGGAACCGUGCAGAGGACUUAGCAGUGACAAGAAGUGGGGAUCUAGUAUAUACUGAUGUAACAAAUAGAACUGUGAACAUAGUGAAGAAUAAAGAAAUACAUACAGUGAUCACACUACAGGGAUGGAUACCUCGUGGUGUCUGUAGUACGUCCUCUGGUGAUAUCCUGGUUGCUAUGAACAGAUUUUUUUGGAAAACACCAUCAAAAGUUGUGCGUUAUUCUGGCUCCACUGAGAAACAAAGUAUACAGUACAAUGACUAUGGACAAGCUCUCUAUUCAUCAGGUGAUUAUACUAAUUAUAUCCGCGAAAACCGGAAUCUAGAUAUAUGUGUGUCUGAUUCUGGAGCCCGUGCAGUAGUGGUGGUCAACCAGGAAGGGAAAUUCCGGUUUAAGUACAUUGGUCUUCCCUCUCCUACAAAGAAACCAUUCGAUCCAUAUGGCAUCACUACAGACAGCCAAAGUAACAUCCUGAUAGCAGAUCUUGACAACCACGGUAUCCACAUUGUCGAUAGAGACGGUCAGUUUCUCCGUUUUAUUGACAACUGUCAUUUGGAGAAACCUUUGGGUCUAUGUGUAGACACAAGAGACAAUCUCUUUGUGGCUGAUAAGAAAAAAUGUAAAGUAAAGAAAAUUCAAUAUUACAAAAAAUCAUAGUGUUCAUAUUUUCCAAAUGCAUGUUAAAUGACCAGGAAUAUACUUAUAUGUAAAAAGGACAAUGAAAAUGUUUAUGUUUAAAAC